CUGAAAUUUUCAUAAAUUUCACAAAACGCCAUCACGACAACUACACAAACUUUCAUAUUCUUCAGACAUCGAAAUCACAAAUAUUAAAGACCGACAUGGCUCACAACGGACAGACAAAUCUACCUCACGUCAUGAGGGUGACAGACAUGCUAGAAAAAAUGUGCCCUGAUAUAUGGAGGGCAAGGGUUUGGGAAUUUGACCAUCGACUUCCAGAAGCUGUCAGACCUGUGCACUAUGAUUUACAUCUCGACCCAAGAAUGGAACUGGCUUUUUUCAACGGGAAAGUCACCAUAGAUUUAAUUUCCAGAAAUGUUCAAUUCCAGUAUUGAUGUAUUUGAAAACAGAAAUUAUCUCUUCCUACAUAUGAAAGGGCUGAAUAUGCUGAGCAGCCAGCUCUUCACUGCAAAUGGUGUCUCUAUUCCUAUACUUGAUGCAUUUCCUUUCAAGAAGAAUGAGUAUUGGGUGAUACUGACUGAAGAAACAUUGCCACCAGGAGCUUAUAUUCUCAGAUUUGAUUUCAACGGAGAUCUUUCAGGUUCCGUCGUUGGUAUGUUUCAGCAAAGAUUGAAGAGUUCUCUUCAACCACCAAACGAUGAAAGUGAAAAUUUGAUUGUAUUUACUCAUAUGGAACCACAAUAUGCCAGAAGAGUCUUUCCAUGUUUUGAUGAACCAUCAUUCAAAGCAACUUUUUCUGUCCGCCUUGUAAAACCUGAUGGAUACACCGCUUUAUCAAACAUGCCUCAACUGUGUGAAGUGGAGUCUUGCCCUCGUUCUGGAAAUAGCACUGUCACUUUUGACAAAACACCCCCAAUGUCCACAUACUUGUUAGCAUUUGUUAUUACUAACUUCAAACCCACCCCUGUUCUGGCCUCUUGUGGCGGAGUACCUAUUAGGGUGUUUGCAAAAGUACCCACACACCCGGAUGUGUUAAACACACAAAAAUUAGCCCUAGAUGCAAUGGACUGGAUGGAAAACUAUUUUAAAAUUAGCUAUCCUCUCCCUAAGCUAGAUAUCUUGGCAGUGCCAGAUUUUGCAUCUGGGGCAAUGGAAAACUGGGGCAUGAUAAUCAUCAGAGAAAUGAAAAUGAGCAGAGAUGCAGAUGUUAUCGACUGGGAAACUAUCAAUUAUACAAUGGGCCAUGAACUGGCCAAUCAGUGGUUUGGGAAUCUUGCAACUAUUGUUUGGUGGGAUGACAUCUGGCUAAAAGAAGGUAUGGCAAUGUUCUUGUCAAACUUGAUGUUAGAUGAUAUAUUUCCUGAAAUGCAAGGGAUACCAAAUUUUGUUGAAGCACAACUUCAUCGUGGUCUUGUAAGUGAUGCAACACUAUGCACCCGACAGCUCUUACAGCAAGUUAUUUAUCCAUGUGACAUUGCUGAUGUCUUUGAUGCAAUAACUUACACAAAAGCAGCCGCAAUCUUGAGAAUGUUCGAAAGUACCAAUCCAGAUAAAUUUAGGAAAGGAGUGCAAAACUUCAUUCACAUGUUUAAAUAUUCAAACGGGACGAGCCAGGACCUCUGGCGCCUCAUAGAUGAUUCUGUACAUGCUGAAGAUUGGGUCCAUGCGUUCAACACUUGGGUUGGACAACCAGGAUAUCCCUUGAUUUUAGCUGCAAGAGGAACAUGCACACUUGCAGUGCAGCAAAUAAGAUGCCUUAAUGAUAUUGCACUUCGUUUUGACACACAGGAUUCGCCUUAUCAAUUCCGAUGGGAUGUUCCAAUCCAGUAUGUAACUUCUUUGAAUCCUUGUGAACCCGAACUGUUAUGGCUUUCAAGCGAUGAAAAAGAGGCAAGAGCUGAUCUUCCAAGUGGCGUUUGUUGGUUCAAAAUGAACAUAAGACAGCAUGGUUUCUACAGAGUUACAUAUCACCAGCAAGAAUGGAUGAACUUAAGAGAAGUUUUGCUGAACACCCCUGAGGUGUUGACCCCCGAGGACAGAGCCAACUUACUAGAUGAUUCAUUUUUUUUGGCACAUGCAGGGUUCGUCUGUUAUGGUAUCCCUCUUCAGUUAGCAACUUAUCUGAGAUACGGUAAGGAAGACCACUGGCUACCAUGGGCUACUUUUUCUAAACAUUUGUCCCUUAUGAGAAAUGCUCUCAGCAAUGAUGAAAAGGACGUAGAGACGCUUUUUGAGUACGCCCGAAGUAUCGUUGAUCGACAAUUAACCGAUGAGCUAUGGUUUAUUGAACCGUCUGAGCCAAUCAAAGACAGGAAGUAUAAGUUGGCCUUGCUGAAAAUAGGUUGUAAACUACGAAUUCCACACAUGAUCGAACAGGUGGGCAACUUGUUCCAAACAUGGUCCUACAACCCUCAUAGUAAAGACCAUGUAGAUAUAAGACGAGUCAUUGUAAAACACGGCAUUACAAACAGAGAUGCCUGGCUAAUGGUCUUUGAAUUAUAUUUAACUGAAAGAGACACUAUUGAAAAGUGCCUUUAUCUGGAGUCACUGGCAUCGAUUAAAGACCCAGAGUUGUGCCAAAAGUUGCUAGACCACAUGUUGACUGAAAAUAAACCCGAUGACCAGGAAUUAUUUCUGGUACUGUUCACAAUGGCAAAUAAUCCAAUUGGCAACAAGGAAGUUUGGGCAUUUAUUAAGUCUAACUGGGAUGCUCUUCUGGAUAAGUACUACCUCAGUGAGACAUGUUUAGGGCUAGUUCUUCCACACAUAGCACAGUUUUUCAACACUGAAGAACAAUUGGAUGAUAUGAAAGAGUUCUUGAAGGGGAAGCAAAUUACCAGUGCUAUCUGUUCUCUGGACCAGAUACAACACAACCUAAACUGGAACACGAAAUACAGGAAAAUCCUUCUCGGCUGGCUCAAUCUUUUAUUGGAAGGAAAAGUCUGUUAAUGUAUUGUUAUUGGAAAUAAAUGUAAAA